UGAGGCUAGAGAGAGAGAAGAAGGUUGGUAAUGGAGAAACGAUCAAGAGAAUUUAAAACCCAUAACCUCUCUAUCUCUCUCUCUCCUCCCGCUGUCAAACACCAUUAAAUCCCCCCAUCAGUAUCAGUUACGCAAUUUCUCAAGGGGAGACAGGUAAGGAGAGAGAGAGAUUUUGGAAUGUGUAAUGAAUGUAAAAGGAGCGAAAGGUGGGAGUGAUGAAAGCACUAAUGGCUAAAUGGCUGCUUAUGAUAGGCUCGAGAACAAAGACCCGGAGACAGAGAUUUAUUACUCUCUCUCUCUCUCUCUUUUGCUCCUCCCUCCUCCCAUUAUCUUUUUUUUUUCAGAUUCUCUUCCGUUACAUUUCUCUUUUGUUCAAAGUUUGAAACUUUGUUCCCUCUUUUUCUCUUUGUUGUUUUAAUGACAGACAGUUGUGUGAUGGUCCAGAGUUAGCUACUUCACUUGUUUUGGUUUAAAGGGUAGAGGAAACUGUUUCUUUGUCCACAAACACAUUAUACUUUGAAUAAAGAUGGAGUUUCUCGGCGACAGCUCUGAAACGGACAAGAAGACGAUGAAGAAGAAGCGUUUCCACCGCCACACACCUCACCAGAUCCAACGCCUUGAAUCAGCUUUCAAUGAGUGUCAACACCCAGAUGAGAAACAGAGAAUGCAACUUAGUAGAGAAUUGGGUCUAGCUCCAAGACAGAUAAAGUUUUGGUUUCAGAACCGAAGAACACAAAAGAAGGCACAACACGAGAGAGCUGAUAACUGUGCACUCAAGGAAGAGAACGAUAGGAUUCGUUGCGAAAACAUUGCUAUCAGAGAAGCUCUCAAACACACAAUCUGCCCCACCUGUGGUGACGCUCCUUCUCAUGAAGACUCUUACUUCGAUGAACAGAAGCUCCGAAUCGAAAAUGCACACCUUAGAGAAGAGCUCGAAAGGGUUUCAAGCAUUGCAGCUAAGUUCAUGGGGAGACCACUUUCUCAUCUCCCACCACUACUAAAUCAGAUGCCAUUCCACAGUGGUGGUCUUUCGCUUGAUUUUGAUCUUAUUCCUGGAAGUGGUUCUUCAAUGGCUGCUCCUACUUUACCAUCUCAGCCAAACUUGGUUUUAUCAGAUAUCGAUAAAUCUCUGAUGACAAACGUUGCUGUGACCGCUAUGGAAGAGUUGCUUAGGCUUACGCAAACAAACGAGCCUCUGUGGAUUAAAAAUGAUGGAGCAAGAGACGUUCUCAACCUCGAAAGCUAUGAGAAUAUGUUCCCAAGAGCAAGUAGCCGUGGAGGAAAGAACCAUAACUCUCGAGUGGAAGCAAGUAGAUCUUCUGGCAUUGUUUUUAUUAAUGCUAUUACACUUGUGGACAUGCUCAUGGACUCUGUUAAAUCUGCAGAGCUUUUUCCCUCAGUCGUUGCAUCAUCUAAAACUCUCGCAGUGGUUUCAUCUGGAUUGCGUGGAAACCACGGAGAUGCUUUGCAUUUGAUGCUUGAAGAGCUUCAAAUGCUUUCGCCAUUGGUUCCAACACGUGAGUUCAGUUUGCUAAGAUAUUGUCAGCAAAUCGAACAUGGAACUUGGGCUAUUGUUAAUGUCUCCUACGAGCUUCCUCAGUUUAUGUCUCAUUCUCGGCCGUAUCGUUUUCCUUCUGGUUGCUUGAUUCAAGACAUGUCCAAUGGCUACUGCAAGGUUACUUGGGUUGAACAUGUUGAAAUCUCGGAGCAAGAGCCUAUUCAUGAGAUGUUUAAAGAUAGUGUCCGUGAAGGGUUAGCUUUUGGAGCUGAACGUUGGAUCGCUACUCUCCAAAGAAUGUGCGAGAGAUUCGCGGCUCUUAUGGAACCCGCAACAUCCUCAAUGAUUCCAUCCCCGGAAGGGAAGAGAAGUAUAAUGAAACUUGCUCAAAGAAUGGUUAGCAACUUCUGCUUGAGCGUUGGCACAUCUAACAACACUCGAUCAACGGUUGUGUCGGGAAUGAAUGAGUUUGGUAUCCGUGUGACUUCGUACAAGAGCCAUCACGAACCAAACGGAAUGGUUCUGUGUGCAGCCACCAGCUUCUGGCUCCCAGUUUCUCCACUUAUCGUAUUCAAUUUCCUCAAAGAUGAAAGAACUCGUCCUCAGUGGGACGUUCUCUUGAAUGGAAGUUCAGUUCAAGAAGUAGCUCAUAUCGCAAACGGUUCACAUCCAGGAAACUGCAUUUCUGUUCUUCGUGGGUUCAAUGCAUCAUCAUCACAGAACAACAUGCUGAUUCUACAAGAAAGCUGCGUAGACUCAUCAGGCUCGCUUGUGGUUUACACUCCAUUGGAUUUACCAGCACUGAACAUGGCGAUGAGCGGUCAAGACACAUCUUAUAUUCCCAUUUUACCCUCGGGUUUUGCAAUUUCACCAGAUGGAAGCAGGAGUAGCCAGAUCCCAGAGCUUAAAGUUGAAGGAGGAAGUGGAGGAGGAGGUUCAUUGAUAACGGUUGGGUUUCAGAUAAUGGUGAGUAGCUUGCAGUCAGGAAAAUUGAAUAUGGAGUCAAUGGAGACAGUUAAUAACCUCAUCAGUUCCACUGUCCACCACAUUAAAACCACCUUGAAUUGUCCUUCAACUGCUUGACGACGCCAUUAAUAGCUCAUUUUCCCCAUCUGAUUUCUGAUAAGGGUCAUUAAUGAUCAGAGGAGUGAAAGUUAUUAAGCACUUAUUCUACCUUCAGUGCCAGCAAAGAGUGUAAGAAAAUCAUUACUCUUCUGGUUGUCUGUCUCCUCUCUUCACUCUCUUGUUCAGAUUUUGUUUCUGAAGUUUUUUUUUUUUUUUUGUGUUUUGAGAAUGGUAAUAUUUGGUGGGAGGUGGGAGUCAAGAACGCACCAUGCCUUUUAUGUAUGGUUCGGGCAUUGACUUCUGUUUGUUUCUUUUGUCUAGUUACAAAUUGUUUCUUGAAUGUUGUCCAUGUUUUAUCUGUCACCUGUCA